AUGGCUCGCUCACGGUCGUCAUCUGCCUUGGGGCUUUACAACGCUCCGUCUAAUAAGGGGCUCUCAUACCUGAAAGCUGCACAUUCGACUCCUACUCUGAGACGGGUGACCAGAAGCCAGAGUCGCAAGCUCGAGGCUCCAGAAUUGCAAAAUGAGCGUGGUCGUGCUGGGCAGUUCUCUGAUGGAGCUGCUUCGAGCAGGUGGGGGCAAAACAAAGGCAGCAUGAAUGGAAAGGGGCUAGAUCUUAUCCAAGAAUCAUCCACAAAGACCCCACGAAGAUCGAGUGGUCGUCCUGUAAAUCCUAUCGGGAGAGAUUCACUAGAAGAUGCAGAAGCUACAAACAUCUCAGGGACCACUAUCCUCCCUUCAGAGCCGGACACCGACUUUGAUCCCGAGAUGAUGCUAGAGGCCCUCCCAGACCUGGAGCGGGCAGCAAAGAAUGUUUUGGAUUUGCUGGUCCCUGCCUCUACAGAUCCAGUCAGCAUUGUUAACAUGGCCAAAAAGCUUGCGGACCCCAAGAACACUCAAAGUAGACGUCUUUCACGGGCCAAGUCGAAAUUUGAAAGCGAGUCGAGCUAUUUCGGUAGUCAUUCGUACAUAGACGCCGAAAAAGCCAACGUACUGAUUCUGUCUGCUUUGGAAAACAAGCACAAUGGAUUGGGGCACGACUGGAGUCCCGAUUCCGCCCUGCAAAGGGCAAACUGCGCGCGCUUCGCCCUCGAAGUUCUCCUGGCCAAAGCCGGAACUGAUGCUCCAAUGCAGGCCAUUCGAAAUGUGGAGGAUGUUUUUCCAAACUUUUUUUAUGAAUGA